UUUUCCUUGGUUAAUAAUAGUUGAAAUUCCAACUAUUGAAUAGUAUUGAAAGCUGUAGAAGUAGAACUGUCGUUCAUCCCUCCAAGCUGUACAUGUUGGUAUAGUCCAAAUGACAGCAACAUGAGCAAGUCCACAGCUAGCUGCCAGUCUUACUAAGGCACAUAGCAUCUAUACUAGUUAUAUAUUUACAGCUGAGUUAUUAUAGCCUAAUUUUCCUAGUUGUACGUAUCAUGUCUGCUCCAAAGAAAGGAGACCUAUCUUCCACAGAGAAGGAACUGUUUCAGGUUAUCACAGCAGGAAAUGUGCAGGAGGCGUCAAGACUUCUUGGCUGCAAGGAUGUGCGGGUCAACUGUUUGGAUGAGAAUGGCAUGACGCCUCUCAUGCAUGCAGCCUACAAGGGGAAGGCAGACAUGUGCAGGCUGCUACUUCAGCAUGGCGCAGACGUCAACUGUAAUGAACACGAGCACGGCUACACCGCACUCAUGUUCGCCGGCCUUUCAGGCAAGACGGACAUCACCUGGAUGAUGCUGGAUGCGGGCGCCGAGACUGACGUGGUGAACUCUGUCGGCCGGACGGCUGCUCAGAUGGCCGCCUUUGUCGGGCAGCACGACUGCGUGACGGUAAUCAACAACUUCUUCUCCCGGGCGGGGCUGGACUACUACACCAAACCCCAGGGUCUAGAGAAGGAGCCCAAGCUGCCGCCCAAGUUAGCUGGUCCACUGCACAAGCUUAUCAUGAGCACCAACCUCCACCCCGUUAAGAUGGUUCUGCUGGUGAAGGAGAACCCUCUGCUGGCAGAGGUGGGUGCUCUGGAGAAGUGCAGGCGGGUGAUGGAGCUGAUCUGUGAGAAGUGCAUCAAGCAGCAGGAAAUGAACGAGGUGCUGGCCAUGAAGAUGCACUUCAUCAGCUGCGUGCUGGCGAAGUGCUGCUCCUUCCUCAAGGCCGGCGAGGACAAACUGGAGGGCCUCAUCAAGAGCUUGCUGAAGGGUCGAGAGGGGGAUGGAUUCCCGGUGUUCCAGGAGAAGUUUGUGCGCGAGUGCGUCCGCAAGUUCCCCUACUCCGACGCCACGCUGCUGCAGCAGCUGGUCCGCAGCAUCGCCCCGGUCGAGAUAGGAAACGACCCUACAGCCAUCUCCGUUCUGACCCAGGCCAUCACGGGCCAGGUCGGCUUCAUGGACGCAGACUUCUGCACCACAUGUGGAGAGAAGGGGGCAGAGAAGAGGUGUUCCAUAUGCAAAACGGUGAUCUACUGCGACCAAACGUGUCAGAAGAUGCACUGGUUCACACACAAGAAGGUCUGCAAGACGUUCCAGGAGGAGAGGGAGAAGCAAGAGGAGGAGGCCGCUGUGUUGAGACAGCAGCAGAGCACCGAGGCCAUGCAGAACCUCUCAUUGGAGGGAACCCACACUGACAGUCUAUCGUCUGACCCAGCUGUACCAGCAGAAUCCUCAACCCCAACUCCUGACCAAUGAGGUCGCUCCCCUAUCGCAAACCCUGACCAACGAGAUCCCGCCCCUAUCCCAUAUCUGAACAAAUUGGGUCCCUCCCCUAGCCUAACUCCUAACCAAUAAGGUUCCUUGCCCUAUCCCAGAUCCUGACCAAUAAGAUCCCAUCUCCAUGUGGGCUCCUGAAGAUGAAGAUUGUAUUGACGAGUUCCACCAGAAACACACGGUACUCUCUGAACACGCAAAGCCAUCUGCCCAGAGGUUGGAUAACUCUGAGGAACAUGAUGGCUGCCUGUUGGAUCCUGUGACAAAUUAAGACUCAUUAAUUAUAAACUUAAAAAGUACGGAAA